AUGGCCUCACCCGAUGAACAUCACGAGAACAUAAAAUGCUUCGGCAAGCGAUACUACAAGGCACUGAGGGCGGAGCAAAAGAGUACUGCGAAGCUCAUUAGGCUACGUCAAGAGCUGCACCUUGCCGAAUUUGAGUCAAAUAAUAACACAAGGAUUGCCGAAGCUGCCCUAAGGGAUUAUGCCAACGCGGCCUGUCGACGUCUCUGCCGCAAGAUCUAUGCUACCUUCUCGCGCGAGGUCCGUGACAUCAUAUAUGUACAUCUUUUACAAGACCGACCGUACCGAAUCUGCGACGAUGGCUAUGCCAACGGAGGCAUAGCUAAUUGGGGAUCAAGUCCCCUACUGCGGUUCAGUCGACACACUCAUGAUCAUCUCACCAAAGCAGCAUCUGUGGGCACACACAUUGUUCGAGAGCUGGAGGAGAUGUUUCUCCGGACCACCACAUUCCUCUUCACGCAUAACAGCAGAUGCAUGUCGAAUUUCAGACUUACCGACUAUUUGAAACUGGGUCUCAUUCCCGCCGACUUCAUCCUCGACAUCCAGCUGCAAAUCGCGUGUGGGUCGUUUGAUCUACUUGAUCUGCGUCCUAUUCCCCAUAGCAACAGCCACUGGGACUCACCGACUAAUCUGCGUCCUGAAGCACUUGCGAUUAGGCUGGAAGAUCUGUUCGGCUUCAGGCAUGGCUCGAAGAUUACAGUGGAUCUCGACGUCGACGCGAUUCGCUUACCCGACACGACAGCUAAGGAGCAGUGGCUGUUCGACAACGUGGUUCCUCUCAUAUUUGCAAGCCUACGCCGCCUGAUUCAGGCGGGAUACAAACUCAAAGUCAUACUCGGCGAUGAUGACUUUGUGCUGCGCGCGCCGGACGGCAGGUUCUCCUUGGAGCAGUGGACGGUCAAACUCGUGCAGAUGCAAGACAAUCUCAAACGCCGUGAGGAAGAGCAAGACGCGAUCCAUUACUCUCUUUGCGCUGACAACAUCUUCGAUCUGCCAACGACGCAAGCGAUCAACUCAUCCAAUGAUGCUGUCGCCGUUGCCGGGCCUGUACAAGACUUUCCACUCGAUGUCGAUGAUCAAUUCGUGGAGGAGAGCAGCGAAGAGGACGUCGCGCAGGGGGGCCAUUUCAUACAAGAGACCAGGGAUGGAAGUUAUGACAACGGAGUGAAUGGCAUGGGAGAUGAAGACGAAGACGGCAGGAACGAGGGAGAAGACAACGUUGACUCCAACAACGAUAAACACGACAGCGACGAGGCUGCGUAUGAUAACCAAGAUGACGACGAGGCUGUGCACACAAGCGGUGAAACUUCCGACAAGCUCGAAGGAGAAGGGUAA